GUCUCAGUUACACAGCUCUCCUGACAGCAAACGGUGGCGAGAGGCUGCUACGGAGUCAGGACAUGCACUCCCGCUCGUGACAGGACCUCUUGGCCUCCCAUCGGGGCCUGUCAGCACCCUCCUCGGUCGCCUUUGUCACCGGCAGCAGGGCCGACAUGCGCCUAUGACCAUGGAGAUGAAGGACUCGGGCAGCGUGGUCCUGACAGCCUACCAUCCCCACAGCCCGGCCAGGAUCCCAGGCAUGGAGCAGAGCUUUGUGCAGGACAUCCCCCCCAGCCAUUCGCCCAGCAGCAGAAAGUCUCUCCCUCGUUGUCGAAGAAUCAAUAGGAUGCUUUCCAAUGAGUCGGCACCUCCUCCUGCAUUCAGUCGCUCCAACUCACAGGCCUCCAUGGACAGCACCUCCAUGGAGGACUUCUGGUGUGAAGUGGAGAGCAUCAAGGAGAGCAGUGGAGACGGAGCUGAAGAAGCAACACUUUUGGAGUUCAAACCUGCUGAUGAAGGGGAGCUGGAGGCGGAAUGGCUGCAAGAUGUAGGUUUGUCUACGUUGAUCUCGGGAGCUGAAGAGGAGGAUGGCCAAGCCCUGCUGUCCACUCUGACCCGAACUCAAGCUGCUGCCGUACAGAAGAGGUACAACACGUACACUCAGACCCUGAGGAAGAAGAACAAGCACACAGUCCGGGAUGUGCGAGACAUCUUUGGCACCAAUGACUCUUCUCCCACAUUUGAGACAGUUCCAGUGUCACCAGUUCCUUCUAAUGGUAUCCAGCUUCCUGGGCAGAAGCCAGUUUGGAAAUCAGUUAGCUCUAAUAGCUGUCUAGACUGCGGACUAGAUAAAGGCAGCCCAUCCGUAACAGAAGAGCUCUCCUAUGAGGUCUCUUUCUCAGAAUCCAUUGCGGUCCUUCCAAAAACCCAAGAAUGGCCGAAAAACCAGAGGUUCAAAAAGGAAGACUCUGCUUUGCCUAAAUUCAUUGUUCGGAAAAGCCGGUUUGGACUGACAGAGGUUGGAGACCUCUCUCCUGAAGACAUGAAGAAGAUCCGCUACCUCUCCCUGAUUGAGCUGACGGCCUUCUACGACGCACUGGGGGUGGAGCUGAAGAGGAACCGCGCGGAGAGGGUGCGGGGACGAGAAAAUGGUCUGUUUGGAGUCCCUCUCACCGUACUGCUGGAGAAUGAUCAAAAGAAGGUUCCUGGAAUAAAAGUUCCCCUCAUCUUCCAAAAAUUGCUGCUCAAGCUUGAGGAAACAGGUUUAGAAACUGAAGGAAUUCUACGAGUGCCUGGAUCUGCCUCCAGAGUCAAAAAUCUCCAUCAAGAACUUGAGGCAAAAUUUUAUGAAGACACUUUUGACUGGGACCAAGUACGAAAUAAUGAUGCAGCCGGACUGCUGAAAAUGUUUAUAAGAGAACUCCCAAGCCCUCUCUUCACAGUAGAAUAUCUGCCUGCUUUCAUCACACUAGUGGAAAAAAUCUCCAAGAUCAAGUUACAGCUACAAGCUUUGCAUCUGUUGAUCAUGCUGUUGCCUGAAGCCAACAGAGACACAGCCAAGGCCUUUCUUCAAUUCCUGAAGAAGGUGGUUGCUAAUGAAGGGAAAAAUAAAAUGAAUUUGUGGAAUGUUUCUAUGAUUGUUGCACCAAACCUCUUCAUCUACAAAGGGAAACGUGCAAACCAACAAGAAAUGCAAGCAGCCGCCACCACAGCGCACAUCGUGCGGCUUUUAAUUCGGUACCAGGACAUCCUGUGGACAGUCCCAUCCUUCCUGAUUUCCCAAGUGAGAAAAAUGAAUGAGGCAGCAAUGAAUAACAGUAAGAGGCAGCUGAUGUUUGACAAAGGAGUGAGAAAACUUCUGAGGAGAAAGACCAUGGAACGGGAGAGACCCGAAAGACCAGAGGGAGCUGUCACUUUUCCCCCAUACCUGCAGUCUGACAUACCCGAGGGGGUGAUAAGAGUUUAUGCUCCACUACAUUCAAAAGUCUCUAUGGCAAUUCAACUGAACAGCCAAACAAAAGCCAAAGACAUCCUGGCUCGAUUCCACUGUGAAAACAGCCGCGGUUCAUCACAGAACAUGAGAGGCCAGGUCCAAAGUUUACAUGAAAUCGGAGGAAAUAUAGGUCAGCACUGUUUGGAUCCGGACGCCUACAUGUUAGAUGUCUACCGUGCAAAUCCUCAGGCAGAAUGGGUGAUAAAGCCAAAAGCGAGCUGAAGCAGGAGGCUGUGGCGUACUGGACAAAAGCCAAAUGGACAAGAGUGGUGCCUGUCAUUUUAAGAAGCUCUUGGCAGAAACGAAACAUAAUGGUAGCUACAGGAUAACAUUCCUUCCUACUGUACUGUCCAACUGACGUUCGCCGUGUACUACUUUUGGUAUACCAAAAGCAUCAUCACUCCAGCUUCUAAUCCACCUGAAAAUACCACAUCGGUUAUGCUUUCGUAGGGGUUACACUUGUGGCAGUUGCCCCAGGAGGGUGGCCCAAGGUACGGUGUGCAGAAGACAACCUGUGGCAUACAGAGUUGCUCGUUUCCUGACCUGGUGUUAGACCAUGAGCUUUUGGAAAGAAUCCAGUGGCAUCCGUGGAUGCCUGAAACACUACCCACCACAGCGUGACACAGACAUUCAUGAAGAGAAGGUGUCUAUCAAGCCUGGGAGAGGAGCUCAACCUGCAGCGGUGCCAAGACGUAGCUGUGUGACAAAAAUCAAACCUUUCUGCUGAAAGUAAAGCUGUACAGUGUGCGUUAUGGCAAUAUUUAUGUCUCUCGGUCACUCCCCAUGAGUACCUGAUGCUGGGGGAGGGAAGGGAGGAGGGAGGAAGAACUACUGUAUAGACAGCUAUACUGCUUUAUAUAUGUGCCACUGUAUAUAUUAUUCCUGUCUUCCAAAAUCAUCCGUCUGGAUUACAUUACUGCGUGCAAUUGUAGCGCCACAAACCGGUUUCUCCUUCCUUCCCCUGUCAUGCACACGAGCUUCGGGAGACAAACGCUAGGUGAGGAGGGGCCUGUUCCCCUAAAUCUGCCUUUUAUUUCAUACUCUCAAAUUUAAGUCUGUGUAAUGCCAUGAUAUAUGUUUUAAUGGUGCCAUCAACCUUUUUGUUAAACAUUAUAGUUUCUUAAUUUGUAACCUAAUUAUUAUUUUCUUUUGUUUAUUUUAGCUUUAAUAUGUAAGCAAUUUUUAUACUAUUCAGCUGCAUUGAGAAGAGAGAUCUUUAUCUGGAUCUUGUAUAAUACAGCAUGGAGAGGAAAAGCAGCUUCCAAUGAGCAGAGGGAUUUAAUCCUCUUAUUUAACAUUUAAACAUGAGGGCGUUCAAACUGCAGCCAAACUAGGCCCAGUUGUGCUGGGGGUUUUACAAACACACAGCAAAUUGCAGCUCCUUUUACAGAGGGCAGGCGGUCUGUGAAAACACACAGGGUGUCAAGAGCACAGGGGGCUGCAACUGCAUUGGGAAUCCAGUGCAGCAAACGUAGGACAGUAUGUCCCAUUAGUAACCAGUCACAAGGGUGAGCACCAUUCUUCACCUAAUCCCCUCAGUUUGGGCUAUUCUUGAUAGAACUAGAGCCCGUUUGUUGAAUAGGGAAAUGACAAGUCCCUAAAAAACAGCAAAUAUUUUUUUCAUCUUUGUCUUAUGCAAAAAAUGGGAACCAAAGCCUUCAACUGCACUGCAGUGUCUCCGCUACGGGAGGAUGACAUUGCACAAGGAAUUCACCUGAGCAGUGGGGUUUGCUCCCGAUCUGGAUGCACAGAGGAGGUAGAAGCUGGUGCUCUGUUUACCAGGCAGCAAUGUAGAAGCCUUCUGAACCAAGUCCUCCAGGGGAACAUUCAUACGCUGUCCUGCAGGGAAUGCUGGUAACUGGUGAUGCUCUGCUGAAGUCGUGCGGUGGAGAUUUUCACAUUCUAGGAACCCUGCUUCUGGGCCAAAGUGAAUGGUGUUCUCCAGUAGUUACUUUCACUGUUAGUGUUCAGUGAAAGAUAGCAACAUUGAAUCAGUAAUUUUACCAGCAACAAUAACGUCUACAGAGGGCAGACACCGUCUUUCUUCCUUAUCUUCUGAUAAAAAUGAUAAAAUUUAGCAACAUUGUCUUUUUUUUUAAAAUAAUGGAAUUUUUUACUUUCCUUUUUUUUUUUUUAAAUCUCCCCUUAACACUAACGGAUGCAUAGUUGCAGCCAGGAAAAGACCAGGACAGUUGUAUUAUAAAAUACGCUGCUUAUUUUGACAACUAUUUAUUUUAAGUAUGUGAGCGAGAGUAAAUCUGUGGUUUGUUCAUAGAACUAAGCAUAAACGUUUUGUCAGGUGCUUUGUUCCCAGUUCCCUUUAGUUCCCUCUGUGGGAAUGGACCACUCUUUCUACGAUGCUGCCCUUCUUUCUUAGCUGUAAAAGAGAACUAGUAUUUUCCUUAUAAACGUGACACAGGAAUUAGUUGAGUUAAAUUCUGCUCUCAGCUGCAGCCAAACCAUCCCCUGGGCAGAACAGGAGUUAUAAACAUCCAUCUAGAAGGACAAACUCAGCAAAGGGAUUUAAUGUAGAAAGUGCUUUGAACGUGAAGAGCAUCAUAUAAAUGCUAAGCAUCAUUGUAUUUAUAGCCAACGAAAGAGCUUUGAUGACUAUACAGAAAGCCUGAACAUUAACUAAAGAAUUUGGAAUGUUGUAGCAAAUGAGAUAACUUUCUACCGUACUUUCAGACAAAUACAUUGACUUCCUCCAUCUUGCCCACUCACUUCAAGCUGUGUUCUCAGUGGCCGUGCGAGGGAAAGGACAGAGCACCCCUGGGCUCACACGGUACCUUGCUCAGCACGUUCUGGACCCUGAAGGAAGGACUUCAUCAAAUUUUUUUCUGAAAUGGAUCUCACUGUAUUCUGCUCAGGAUAGAAGGGUGUUUUUGAAAGACUUUCACCUUUUACCACUUUGCAACUUAGGAAAGCCAAAUCCGAUGUAAUGAAACCCAUCCUGUGCACACCUGUUUUAUACUAAAAAUCGCCUAUAACUUUACAAGACAUGCAUAUUAGCAGAUGAACUAGAUUCUACGCCCAGUGCCCAGACUGCUACAGCAUGGCCAAAUACCUGCUGUCUCUGCAACAGAAUGGCAAAAUUCUUUUUUGAUACAAAUGGACCUAAUGACCCAUGUGUACUGUGGUUAAUACUGUUACACAUUAAGUUGUUUUGUGUUGUUGUGGUACACUAACUUGAUUUAAUAUGCAGCAGACAAACUGAAAAAUCUCUGCGAUAUUUUUGAAUAUGAAGUUUCAACUUCAGGCCUUAUAUUUCAAACUGCUGGUGGAGAUAACCUGGAAUUUUGCUCCUUCUAGCAGCAGCUGAAGUCAAAACCAAGUUAUGGUAGGUUUGUCACCUGACAAAAAGGAACACAUGCGGAAAGCUACACAUAAAAAAAAGUGGUAGCAAGUAGGAAAACUUAUUCAGCAAACUCCAAAGAUGCCUCAAGCAUUUAUGUACUCCAUGGUUCUACAAAGACAGCAUUUUGCAUAUCAACACAUAGAGAGAGAAAGUGUUGCAAGAAGUAGGUAUUGGAAACAGACUGGAAUGCUCUAACCUGUUUAUGCAGCUAACGCCAUUAGAAUGUGUGCGUGUGUGCAAAUGUGUCAGUGUCUAUGUAUAAAAUUAACUACCUCACUCUGCAUUUUCCAGGAAAAAUAUUUUGGCUUAGAGGGUUAAUACUCCAAAAGUUUCUAUUAUUAAUUUCACCUCUCUACUAGUCUUUUGCAUUGAUAAAAUAUUUCUCCUUUAAUUUGGAAAUUACAAAAAAAAAUUUAAAAAUUAAAAGGCAUACUUCAGGAUAUGCAUGCAGUUUUAUCCAAACCGUGUUGCCUCAAUUACUGCUUGUAAUGUGAACCUUAUGAGACCAGAUCUUGGGGUUAAUAGAUAACUAAUACAAAAAUACCGUGUUUUUACUUUUCAAUGGCUUUCCAUGAAUGUGUGUCUUCUCUGGAAAAUAAUACAAUGCCACUAAUCAAAGCAAAAUGUUUGUACGUACGUUUCUCUUACAAUCCUCAUUAUGUUAUGUGUUUUGUUGAAGUAAGCCCACACGUUAAGUGUAUUUGUACAGCAGAAUGUGACCAUUGUAUUGUAUCUAUGUCAAAAAUAAAAACAAUACCAACAAAGAAA